GCUAAUACUUCCCAAGAGACCACAUCGACGGAAGUGUUUGGCACCUCGAUGUCGACUCAUCAUAUCCUGGAGUUGGGUUCAGAACGUCGUGAGACAGUUUGGUCCCUAUCUGUUGUGGGCGUAGGAAAUUUGCGAAGCGCUGCUCCUAGUACGAGAGGACCGGAGUGGACUGACCAAUGGUGUACCAGUUGUCACGUCAGUGGCACGGCUGGAUAG